AUGGCAUCGCAAAAUCCACAGCCGAAAUCCUUCGAGGGCCUUCCCAAUGAAAUCCUGGAACUUAUUUACAGGAUUUGUCUCGAGUCAGAUCCUCGCACAAUAGGCGGUGACCUGACCAUCAAGCAGUACUCCGACCUCAAGGACUUCCUCCGCAUAGCGAUCAAUGCUCGUUUAUACGCCAUCGCGCUGGAUGCAUUUGGCCGAUCAAGGUUUUUCGACGACUUCACGCUGUCUAUCUAUAUGAGUGGCAGUGAAGAAUACCAGCAUCUGCCACACCUGCGCAACUCUAUCUUCGAUCAAGAUCGUGAAGGGCCAGUCAUUUAUGCCAGAGCGACGAACAUCAAUCGGACCCACGCCGCAUACGUCAACAUAUUCAACUUCGAGAGCUUGAGUCGAACACGACACUUCGGGCUGUUCGCACAAUCCAUCCUGGCGAGGCGCACCAAGAAGGUUCAGUUCCGGCUGGACGUGGCUCAUGCUGGUCCUUUGACCUCAAGAGGUGUCAUCCGCGCAAGAGCAUGGGACAAGCGCUUCGUGAGAAAAAUGAGCAUGAUAAUCGAUGUGAUGUCGAGUCUGAAAGUUGCUCAAAUCUGCCACAAUGGAGGUUAUGGCGUGCAACAAGUGACAGCUGACAUCUGGGGCGUCUUGAGGGAGCGUGGUAUCGCAGUGGAGGAGGUCUUCAACCCUUAUGGCUGGCGCGAUCUCACCCAACCACUAUGGCCCUACGGUUGA